AUGUCCACACUCGACUGCGAUUCCUCCACUUCACCACUUCCCAAACGUCAAAAGAUAUCGUCCUCGAUCUCCACAUCCACAUCCACAUCCACACCCACACCCACGCCCACGCCCGCAGCCACAGCCACUACUUCCCUCCAAGAGAAAAUGUCUUCCGGCACUCCCACCAUCACUCCAGCUCCCGCCACAAACGGCACCCUCAAAUCUUCCUCCCCACCACCCCUCCUCAUUAAAAAACUCUCUCCCCGCGCCCGUCUCCCCACUCGCGGCAGCGCUUUCGCCGCCGGAUACGACAUCUAUGCUGCCAAAGAGACGAUUGUGCCUGCCAAAGGAAAGGCAUUGGUAGAUACCGAUAUCAGUAUGGCUGUACCGGAUGGAACAUACGGCCGCAUAGCCCCACGUUCCGGCCUCGCCUCCAAACACAUGAUCGACACCGGCGCCGGCGUCAUCGACUCUGAUUACCGUGGCCAGGUCAAAGUACUCCUCUUUAACCACGGCGAGAAGGAUUUUGAGGUCAAGGAGGGUGACCGCGUAGCACAGUUGAUUUUGGAGAGGAUUUACACGCCCGAGGUAACGGAGGUGUUGGUUUUGGAGGAGAGCGUGAGGGGUGAGGGCGGGUUUGGAAGUACUGGUUAG